GGACGAGAUCCGACGCUUCGACAUGACGGACAACACAUGGAACACCGACGGCGAUGACGUCGCCCCGGCGCCGAGUCCCGUUGUCCGGCGAGAAAGGAGGAAGAAGCGCCGGACACUGCGUUUGAGACCGUUUGCUGGAAACCGGAAACUCCACGAAGCGCCCGCUCGUUGGCCAGCCGCCAAGUACAAGACGGAAAUCCUGGGGCUUGUCACGGCGACCGGGAGCCAUGCAUGGCGGGAAGUCUUCACCUCCGACUUCAUCGACCUUGCCAUUGUGUUCUCGAUGUGGGCUGUCCUCGGUGGUGCCAUUUACAUGCUCAACAUCCACGUGCCGCAAGCGUACCACGACGCCAUGUGGGCUGGCAUUGGAUUGUUUUCACUCCCCAUGGGGCUGUACACUGGCAUGCACGCGUACGAGCUGUACGUGUUGCGCCAGACGUCGCAAAAGGGGCUGCAAAAGGUUGUUGUCGAGUAG